AUUGGAAAUUGGAAUAGGGCAUGGAACAAAACGACCUGUCGGCUCAAAAUCACAGUGGUUGGGUGUUAGAACUGUGCGUGAGAGAGAUACGUACAGAAUCUCCUCUAACCCAUCUCUGGUAGUAGAGUGGUUUCUGAGUCUCAGAGACACAAAAAAAAAAAAAAAGAAAAAAAAAAGCAGUGUGAGUGUCCCCCCCGAAAGCCCAAUACAAAUUUGUCACAUUCUCUCCAAUGGCUUCCUCAAUUUCUUCAAGCCCUCGAACCGUCGAAGAUAUCUUCAAGGACUACAGCGCUCGUCGCUCCUCUCUCAUUCGUGCCCUUACCUACGAUGUUGAUGAGUUCUACUCCCUGUGCGAUCCAGAAAAGGAGAAUUUGUGCUUGUACGGACACCCAAAUGAGUCCUGGGAAGUUAAUCUGCCGGCUGAGGAAGUUCCUCCUGAGCUUCCUGAGCCAGCAUUGGGGAUCAAUUUUGCCAGAGAUGGGAUGAAUCGUAAAGACUGGCUUUCACUGGUGGCGGUGCAUAGUGAUUCUUGGCUGCUUUCUGUAGCUUUCUACUUUGGUGCUCGGCUUAAUCGCAAUGAGAGGAAGCGACUUUUUAGUUUGGUAAAUGAUCUGCCCACUCUCUUUGAAGUUGUAACUGGAAGGAAGCCGGUAAAAGAUAAACCUGGUGUGGACAGCGGAAGCAAAUCCAGGAACAGCGUGAAGAGAUCGAGUGAUGUACAGAUCAGAAACAAUUCUAAGUUACUUGAUGAAAGUUAUGGGGAGGAUGAGGAUGAGCACAGUGAAACCCUAUGUGGAAGCUGUGGCGGGAAUUAUAGUGCUGAUGAGUUUUGGAUUGGCUGCGACAUCUGCGAGAGGUGGUUCCAUGGGAAGUGUGUGAAGAUUACACCAGCUAAAGCAGAAAGUAUUAAGCAGUACAAAUGUCCUUCUUGCAGCACAAAGAGAAGCAGACAGUAGUGGCUGACGGAAAAAAGCUUUUCAGAGCAGGCAAACUUGUUGUAGGGGUCGGAUAUAUCUUUGUAAAUCAGUGAUAGUAAAUCUAGUGGAAUUUUGUUUUCUGGAAUUCCUUUUUUCAAGUAUUUAAAUGGUUACAUCAAUGACAGAUGAGGCACUUCAAACAGUUACAAUCCUGGUGGUUCUUCCUCAGGAUUUUUGUUCCUCUGUAUUGUCAAUUGGAUAAUUUAGAUAUUUUCCUUUGAAGUUAUAUUAGUAAAAACCCCUAAAUAGUAAUCCGUUCAUUACUUUA